AUGUUCACGCCAAUUGACCAAGUUAUAGAGCAUUUCAAGCAGAACAAGUUCGUCAUUGUGAUGGACGAUGCCAGUCGUGAGAACGAAGGUGAUCUGAUUUGCGCUGCUGAAAACGUCAGCACCGAGCAAAUGGCCUUCCUUGUACGUCACUCUUCGGGCUAUGUGUGUGCCCCCAUGACCAAUGUCAUUGCUGAUAAAUUGGACCUUCCAUUACUAAGAACGGGCAUGAAGUUCGAGUCCAACGACGACGACAGGCACGGGACCGCGUACACGAUAACCGUAGAUGUCGCCCAGGACACCACUACAGGUAUCUCUGCUCACGACAGAUCGACGACGUGCAGAGCCCUGGCCAACCCUGGCUCCACGCCCAAGUCAUUCUUGAAGCCGGGCCACAUCUGCCCCUUGAGAGCCGCUGACGGUGGUGUCCUACAGAGAAGAGGCCAUACUGAGGCCGGUGUGGACUUGUGUAAACUAAGCGGGCUAAGUCCAGUCGCCGUCAUCGGAGAACUGGUCAACGACGACGACCAGGGCACCAUGAUGAGACUGAACGAUUGUCAAGAAUUCGGCAAGAAACACGGCAUUCCUUUGAUUUCUAUCGAAGAGCUGGCCCAGUAUCUGAAGAAGUAA